CCCUCUAAUUUCACACCCAACAAUUACUUUCAUCAAUUUUCUCCACUCUCAACUCUCAACAACCAAUCUUCAAUCAACUACUUUUGCCGAACAGACCCAAUGGCGCGUACUAAGCAAACCGCCAGAAAAUCCACCGGAGGAAAAGCUCCCAGGAAGCAACUCGCCACCAAAGCUGCCAGGAAAUCAGCCCCGGCAACCGGAGGAGUUAAGAAGCCUCACAGAUUCAGACCUGGAACUGUUGCACUUCGUGAGAUCAGGAAGUACCAGAAGAGUACUGAGCUUCUUAUCAGGAAACUCCCAUUUCAGAGGCUUGUUAGAGAAAUAGCUCAGGAUUUCAAGACUGAUCUUCGUUUCCAGAGUUCUGCUGUUGCUGCUCUUCAAGAGGCUGCUGAGGCUUACUUGGUUGGUCUCUUUGAAGAUACUAACCUCUGCGCUAUUCAUGCUAAGAGGGUUACUAUUAUGCCUAAGGAUAUCCAGCUUGCUAGGAGGAUUCGAGGUGAAAGAGCCUAAUUUAUGUAGUUGGUUGUCUUAAAUCUAAGUUUGGUAUUAGUAUUAUUAUCAUUAUGUAAUGGGUAUAUGUGCUGUGAAUUUUGAUUAAUGAAAACUUUUUGCAGUUUAAAAUUGUUUGCUGAUUUAAGAAGGGUAGUAGUAUUAUGUAUUGAUUUCUUAUGAAUUGGCAGAUUUAUACAAGUUCCAAUACAAGUUAAAGUGACAA